CACAAUUCAACCAUGCAUUAGAUUUUGUCACUAUAAUAGCUAUGAAAGAACAGCAUAAAGUCAGAUGUAGGCAUAACAAUAAGUUGAAAAAGCUUAUGUCACAAAUUCCUAAGGUGAAUGACAAACUACCUCCCACUAAUCAUAAAUUCUCCAAACGUCUAGUAAAUUCAACUAACAUCAUCUUCAGUGAUAAAGAAGUAAGUUUGCUGAAUAAAGGGCUUCAACAUAAUAUCACCCCAUCUCUGACUGAAAAUAAUAUUAAAGAAUUAAUAGUAGGCACCAAAAUAGCCUGUGAUACUGCAAAACUAACUCAGAAUGAUCAGAUUGCCAUAGGCCACAAAGUUAACAAUUUUAUCACCAAACAAAUAGAGAAAGCAAAUAAUAAGAAUAGUAUAAAGCACCAUGACAGAACAAUACUUAAAAGUGUUAAUAAGAAACUAAGUGACAGUAAAGCUUUAGUAGUAAAAGCAGAUAAAAGCAAUGCUAUUGUUGUAAUGUAUGAAAGUGAAUAUGUAAGAAAAACCAUUGAAUUUUUCAGUAAUAAUAAUAUAGUAGAAAUUAAGUCUGAUCCCACUUUUAAGUUACAGAAUAAACUUAAAAAUAUGAUGAAAAAAAGUAAUUUCCUCUUAAAUGCAAAAGAUAUACAUGAAUGCACUGUUAUGAACCCUUAUGCACCACGUCUACGAGCACAACCUAAGACCCAUAAAGUUAACUGUCCCAUACGUCCAAUUGUUAAUUCUCGGAGCAGCCCAACUUAUAAAAUCAGCAAGAAACUGAAUGAGGUCCUUAGCAACACAUUCAAAUUUGAAGAGACAUACUCAGUAAAGAACAGUUAUGAACUUAUUAAUUGUCUAAAGGAAAUUCAGAUUCCUGAUACUGCUAGGUUUGCAUCACUUGACAUCACAAACCUCUACACAAACAUACCCGUCAAAGAAACAAUAGAAAUAAUUAAAAACAAUUUACUUAAACAUAAAAAUUUGGCAUUACCAGAAAUAUAUGAAUUCAUUGAUCUAUUAACACUAGUACUAUCACACAACUAUUUUUCUUUUAAUAACAAAAUGUACCAGCAGAAAGAGGGUCUGGCUAUGGGUAGCUGCCUUGCCAGUUUGCUAGCAGAUAUUUUCAUCAAUAACUUAGAAUGUAAAUUUUUUAAAGAAAACCCCCAGAUGGUAAACAAGAUAAUUUAUUACAGAAGGUAUGUUGAUGAUAUAAUAGUCUUAUUUGAUGGCACUGCAGAAGAAAUUGAUAACCUUGCAAAAGAAAUGAAUAAAAUGCAUCAGAACAUCAUCUUCACUGUAGAACACCAAACAGAAGUAGGUUUAAAUUUUCUGGAUCUCUGCAUAAGUAGCUCCAACAACAAACACAAAUUUCAAGUAUACAGAAAACCAACAUACACAGAUAACACAAUUAAUAAGUCAUCCUGCCACCCGGAUCAACAUAAGACGGCUUCAUACAGAGCAAUGCUAAACAGAAUGCACAAAAUACCACUACAACCAGCUGACCAAAUAGAAGAACUAAACACCAUCAAAGCAAUUGCUUACAAUAAUGGUUACAAUCCAAAAUUAAUAGAUGAACUAAACUAUAAGAUAAAUCCCCACAUAAACAAACACAAUAACAAAACUACAUUAAAGAAUACCACAACACAGGCAAAAGAAAAAUAUGUAAGCUUGCCAUUUGUAGGAAAGCUGUCAUAUAAAAUAGCAAACUUGUUCCGAGGAACAGAUAUCAAAAUCAGCUACUAUACAAAUAACAAAAUAAAGGACAAAGCUAUCCAUAACAUUAAAAAUAAUACCAAACCGUACAAUCAAUCAGGAAUAUACAAACUUAACUGCAACUCAUGUCCAAAAACAUACAUAGGUCAAACAGGGAGAAACUUCAGCAUACGGUUUCGAGAACACAUGGAUGCUCUUCGUUUAAAAAACUUACAUAAAUCCACAUUCGCCCAACAUGUAGCAGAAGAAGAACAUCAAGUAACAGACAUAUCCCAUAACCUACAAGUUCUCCACUUAGCCAACAAAGGAAAAAGAAUGAACCUCCUAGAAGAAAUCGAAAUUUAUUCACAUAAACAUGCAACCCCUUCUGACAUACUUAACGACCAAACAGAGCUGCCAAACCGAAUAUUUCUAAAAAACUUCCACACUCUACUUAUCAAACCACUUACUAAGCACAAUCAACAAACAACAUAAUCUGUUAUAAACCCAGCAAAUGCAUGUAAAAAACAUAAAAAUCUUAAUUCUGGUAUCUUAAUUAUAUCUUUGUUAUAUUGUAAAUGUAUGAAUUACUGCUUUGUAUAAAUGUGUUAUGUUAGACUACUUCUAUCAGCCAAGUCAAUAUUUAGAAAACAAUAGCUUAUCUUAGAACCUCAAAACUUUCGUGAAAAUAUAACUCUGUCCAUAGAUAAACCAUUUGUAUGUAAACAAAAACUGUCAGUCGACAACAUGGCGGAUAACGCAGUGCGCCUGUGCAAAAUACGUGAUAAAAAGUGUUUGUGUUGUUGCAAAAAAGAAGAAAAGCCAGGAAAAAACAAGGAGAGGAGAAAGCUUGCUGCAGCAUCCAAACUGCUGUCGAGAUUGUACUACUGUAGUAACUGAAGAUCCAUGUAAUUUGCCAGCUGAAGAUGGGUGCAAACCCGAAAUGCAUAUUGGCGUAAAUAAAAAACGCAUUAAAAAGUGGCUGGUUGCUGUAUUUUUUCAGUGAAAUACUAUUAUCCACGGCCACGGAGCUCAACAGUCCAAAUAAAAUGGAC